UCCCAUUUCUAUCAGAAAACCACCAUUCCAUCCCAAAAAUCCUAUUUCUCUCCCAUCAAACCGCACCUGAAAACCCGCUGAAUCUGCCUGAAAUCCUCAUUCUCAAAAACCAUGUCUUCUGAUAUGAAUUCUGCCUCAUUCCUUCUCUUCCACCCCAGAAUUGCUUCCUCAUCAUUCCUCCAAUUCGAAUUCCUCGCCAUACUUCUCCUCCUUGCCAUCACCUUCACCUUCUGCUUCUCCCCUGGCGGCUUUGCAUGGGCCCUCAUUGCCAAAAACCGGUCACCAACCGCCAUCCCAGGUCCCUCCGGCCUUCCACUCAUCGGCCUUCUCAUACCAUUCUCCGGCCCCAUCACCCACCGUGUUCUUGCUCGUCUUGCCCGCACCUUCAAUGCCAUCCCACUCAUGGCAUUCUCCAUUGGGCUGACCCGUUUCGUCAUUUCCAGCCACCCACAAACUGCAAAAGAGAUUCUCAACAGCUCAGCAUUCGCUGACCGCCCUGUUAAGGAAUCCGCCUACGAGCUCCUCUUCCACCGAGCUAUGGGGUUCGCUCCGUUCGGUGAGUAUUGGAGGAAUCUGAGGAGAAUCUCAGCAACCCAUCUGUUCAGCCCAAAGCGGAUUGCUGCUUUUGGGGGUUUCAGGAGGGAAAUUGGAAUGAAGAUGGUGGGCGAGAUUCGAGCAGCGAUGGUAGAGAGAGGAGAGGUUGAGGUGAAAAGGGUGCUGCAUUUCGGGUCGCUGAAUAAUGUGAUGAGGACGGUUUUUGGGAGGAAAUUUGAAUUUGGGCGGGAAAAGGAGGGAGAUGAAUUGGAGGAGCUGGUUAGUGAAGGGUAUGAGUUGCUUGGGAAAUUCAAUUGGAGUGACCAUUUUCCAUUGGUGGGGUGGUUGGAUUUGCAAGGGGUGAGGAGAAGGUGUAGGGGAUUGGUUUGUAGGGUGAAUGGUUUUGUUGGGAGGAUCGUAGAGGAGCAUAGGAAGAAGAGGAGGGGUGAUGGUGGGGGUGAUGAUGGGGAAGAGGAUUUUGUGGAUGUUUUGCUUGAUUUGGAGGAGGAGGAUAGGCUUAGUGAUUCUGAUAUGAUUGCUGUUCUUUGGGAAAUGAUCUUCCGCGGCACCGACACAGUAGCAAUCCUCUUGGAGUGGAUCCUGGCAAGGAUGGUCGUGCACCCAGAUAUCCAAUCCAGGGCCCAGUCUGAAAUAGAUGCUGUGGUCGGAAAGUCUCGGCCCAUAUCAGAUUCUGAUAUACCCAACCUCCCUUACCUUCAAUCCAUAGUGAAGGAAUCCCUCCGAAUGCACCCCCCUGGCCCACUCCUCUCAUGGGCCCGCCUCGCAAUCCAUGACGUCCAUGUUGGCAACAACUUCAUUCCAGCUGGGACGACUGCGAUGGUGAACAUGUGGGCGAUAACACACGACAAGAGCAUAUGGCAGAGCCCAGAGGAAUUCAUACCCGAGAGGUUCAUCGAAGAGGACAUGAGUGUUUUAGGAUCUGAUCUGAGGUUGGCGCCUUUCGGGUCCGGUCGGAGGGUGUGUCCUGGUAAGGCAAUGGGCCUGGCUACUGUCUAUCUGUGGUUGGCCCAGCUACUUCAAAGCUUCAAGUGGGUCCCUUCAGAAAAUGGUGUGGAUUUAUCUGAGUGCCUCAAACUGUCCCUUGAGAUGAAGACUCCUCUUGUCUGUAGGGCUGUUCCUAGGCAUUGAAAGAUGACCGUCGGAGGGUACAUUUGGAAAUUUGGAGAAUAAAGUCUUCUAUCUCCAUGGUUUUGUAAGCAGACUGGGUAGGUAGGCAUAGAUAAGAACAUGGUUUUCUUGUGGUCUUGGUUUUAAUUAUCAUGGGUUUUACUUAGAUGUUAGUGUGGCUUUUAGGUGUUUUACGUAUUGUGGGAAAUGAAAGAUAUAUAACUGCUGUUUUGUAAGAAGUGGGUGGCAUGUAUGCAGAUAGGUUCCAUAUAAAGGAUUGGAUGACUGGUGCGUUGUAUAAAGACUUUUACACAUGAAUGGUAAUAGCUAUUUACUAUAUAAGUAGGUUGUUAUUUA